AUGUCUGCUAAUUUGAAAAAUUCCACUAAAACUCUUAAAUUGAAUGAUGGUUCUCAAAUCCCAAUUGUUGGUUUAGGUACCUGGCAAGCAACAGAUGAAAGAGAUGCUUACAAUGCUGUAAGAGCUGCUUUAGAUGCUGGUUAUAGACAUAUUGACACUGCCGCAAUCUACAAAAAUGAAGUACAAGUUGGUGAGGCUAUAAGAGAUUCUGGCGUCCCAAGAGAAGAAAUUUUCGUUACUACAAAGUUAUGGAACGCUCAACACCACGAACCAGAAGUUGCUCUGGAUGAAUCUCUACAAAGAUUGGGUUUAGACUAUGUCGAUCUGUACUUAAUGCACUGGCCUGUUUCUUUAGACAAAUCUUACAUGAAGGAAAGUCCAUUGGAACUAAUGAAACGUCCAGAUGGCACACGUCCAGUAGAAACUGACUGGACCUUUAUCAAUACAUGGGAGCUAAUGCAAAAGCUUCCAAAGAAUAAAGUCAGAUCCAUUGGUGUUUCUAACUUCUCCGUCAAUAACUUAAAGGAUCUCCUAAAGGCCCCAACAACAAAUGUAGUACCAACCAUUAACCAAGUCGAAUUGCAUCCUCUAUUACCACAAUAUGAGUUGGUGGAUUACUGUCAACAGAAUAAGAUUGAAGUUGAAGCUUACUCUCCUUUAGGAAGUACUAGUGCUCCACUAUUAUCAGAACCAAUUGUCAUUGACGUUGCUAAGAAAAAUGGCGUUCAACCAGCUCAUGUUGUCUUAAGUUGGAUUGUCCAAAGAAACAUCAUUGUUUUACCAAAAUCCGUCCAUGCUGAAAGAGUUGCUGCAAACUUGAAGACCUUCACAUUACCAGAAGAAGAUUUUGAUGCUAUUGGUAAGAUCUCUCAACAAAGGGGUGAAAGAAGAAUCAACAAUCCAAACUUUGAACCUUUCAAGACAUUUGUUUGA